AUGUCCGAUGCUGCUCUAACAUUUCUGCUAGAAAACUUGAAACAGCUGCUUUGUUACAAAGCAGAUCUGAUUCUUGACGUGAAGGAUCAGGUGGAAUUUCUGUACGAUGAUUUGAGUUUGUUCAAAGCUUUCCUCAAGGACUCGACCGAGAAGCGGAACAAGAAUGCCACCCUUCAAGAAUUGGUGAAACAAAUCAGAGAUGUAGUUUAUGUAGCUGAAGAUACUGUGGACACAUUUGUUGCUCAGGCAGCUGUGCACAAGUCAAGGACUAGCAUCGAGAGGGCUUUUCAUAUAUUCGAUUAUCCAGCAAAGCUUCGACGUGUGGGGAAAAAGAUUGAGGGCAUCAGGGCCAGGGUGAUGGAUAUAUAUGACAACAAGAAGUUUGGGUUGGAGGCACUGCAAGAUGGGGAAAGAUCUACCAAAUCAAAAGAGAAAAAGGCUCCCAUUGUAGAGGAAGACAAUGUGAUCAAUGAUCUCCAUUCCUCAAAAAUGUUUCCUUCACAGGCGGAUUCUCCGAUAUAA